AUGUCUGCCCUCCGUGUGGCCGCGCGCCGUCUCCCUCGCGCAACCCGCCUUGUGCCUUCUGUUGAGUCACCCAUUCAGCGACGAUUUGCGGCGACCGCCAAUGCUGCUCAGAAGCAGGCGCAGCUCAAGACUGGGGCUUCUCUCCCCAACCCCGACCCUUCACCCGACUCCGUCACAGUCUCGUUCAUUAAUGAGCGGGCUCCCUUCAUGGUGCCAACCUACGUUCGCCCAGCUCCUAUGAUGAUGAAGGGCCAGGGUUGCUACCUGUGGGAUAUGGAAAACCGGCGCUAUCUGGAUUUAACUGCGGGAAUUGCGGUUAACUCGCUCGGUCACUGCGAUCCGGAGAUUUCCAAGAUUAUUGCGGAGCAGGCCGAGACCCUCCUUCACGCAUCGAACCUUUACCACAACCCUUGGACCGGUGCUCUGAGUCAACUGCUAGUCAACUUAACCCGUGAGUCAGGUGCUAUGCGCAAUGCCGAGCAGGUCUUCAUCUCCAACUCCGGAACCGAGGCCAACGAGGCUGCUAUCAAGUUCGCCCGCAAGGUCGGACGCACCCUCGACCCCUCCGGCGACAAGCAUGAGUUCGUUUCGUUCCACAACUCCUUCCAUGGCCGUACAAUGGGUGCGCUCUCCGCCACUCCCAACCCGAAGUACCAGACACCUUUCUCGCCUAUGAUCCCCGGUUUCAAGUACGGAAACUACAACGAUGUUGAGCAGCUGCAGACCCUCAUCACCGAUAAGACCUGCGGUGUGAUUGUCGAGCCUAUACAGGGCGAGGGUGGUGUUAACAUGGCUACUCCCGAGUUCUUGGUCGCUCUGCGCAAGCGUUGCGACGAGGUCGGCGCUGUCCUGAUCUUCGAUGAAAUCCAGUGCGGACUGUCUCGUACAGGUAGCCUCUGGGCCCAUGCCCAUCCCUCUUUGACCCCAGCCUCAGGCGAGGCCGCACACCCCGAUAUUUUGACAUCGGCCAAGGCUUUGGGCAACGGCAUCCCGAUUGGUGCCACCAUUGUCUCCGGCAAGACCGUUGGCUCCCACAUCAAGACCGGAGACCACGGUACUACCUUCGGUGGAAACCCUCUGGCUUGCCGUGUUGCCUACCACAUCGUUGCUCGCCUUGCUGACCCUGAGCUCCAAAGCGCAGUCCAGCAGAAGUCCGAGGUCUUCGUUGCUGGCUUCCAAGCUCUGCAGAAGAAGUUCCCCGAGUCUGUCUCCGAGAUUCGUGGCCGUGGUCUCAUUCUGGGUCUACAGCUGUCUCCAUCCGCUGCUCCUAAGGCGGGUGAUAUCAUCAAGGCCGCUCGCGAGCGCGGUAUGCUCAUCAUCACUGCUGGUGAUGGCUGUCUUCGCUUUGUUCCUGCUCUGACUAUCACCGAGGACCAGAUCAAGUCUGGCCUCAACAUCUUGGAAAAAUCCCUGGAGUCAGUCAUUAGCUCCUAA